AUCCGCCCACCGGCAUUUACAAACCCGCUAAACGUCAGCCAUCCACGAAGCUCCCUCUUUAUCUUUUGAAGGAAACGCCUUUCCCCAGGAAUACAGUGCGGAUUCUCUUUGCGGUCGUUUCUCUCCUGGGUUGUCGAAUAAAGCGGUCGGUUUUCGAACUUUACCCAGCUGGUGCUGUCUUCUCGGGGGCAACAGGGUCGACGUCUUUCUUAGCUUCGAAGCUACCAAUGUCGGGUGCCUGAGAUGACGGUGUUCCCACCUUCUUUACUGGGUCGUUGAUCUUCGCUUAGUUAAGUGGUCGUGUCGUGAAUUAGCUUCGACGUUGGUUCGUGAAUGUUCGCGAUCCAUCCCGCCGGAGUUGGUAUCGCUGUUGGCGUCGAUGGAGCGGUGGAGGGGCGGUGAUUCGGCCGAUGACCAGUCGGGUUCUCGCGGGGAUAACGUGAAGAGACCCGACAGCCGCGGAGGGUUUGCGGGUAGGGACACUGUCCCCCGGAGUGAUCUCUGGAAGGAUGGGCUCAUUUGUGCUUUUGAAUUUGUUAGAGGGCGUAGAAGAUCGGGUCAUUAUUCGAAGUCGGGCUCGAAAUUACUGGGCGGAGCGUCGACCAAAGCCGAUCAUUCGAAGGCGCCGGACAGUGCGAAUGGCGGUGCGGUUGAGGCAUUUCCUCAAGCAGUGAACAGAAGAUGUGACAGUGAGGUUGCUGCUGGUGAUGAUAAUGGCGAUAGCCCAGUUCAUGAGCAAGGCCAGCUUCGUGGUGUUGAUAGGUUGGAGGGUAGUCACUGGGUACCAAUUGGGUGGGAAAGGAUCUCGGCUCUCGCCCAAACUGUGCAAGUAGAUGCUGGUUGGGGGAUGCAGCUAGAUUCAAUGGAUGACGAUGAGGACCUGACUGUUGCGGAUAUGGCGACUCCUUACUGGGAGAGGCCUGCAGGGCCGAUAUGGUGGUGUCAUUUCUCGGCAGGUCAUCCUGCUGUGGAAGCAUGGCUCAGUAAUGCUCAGUGGUUGCAUCCGGCUGUCAGUUUGGCUCUGAGGGAUGAAGGUCGGCUCAUAAGCGAGCGGAUGAAACAUCUUCUUUAUGAGGUCCCAGUUAGAGUAGCUGGAGGACUGUUAUUUGAGCUCCUUGGACAAUCAGCUGGAGAUCCAUUUGUCAAUGAGGAUGACACCCCGAUUGUGCUACGGUCUUGGCAAGCACAGAACUUCCUGAUAACUGUACUGCACAUAAAGGGGCCUGUGAAAACCCUGAAUGUGCUGGGCAUAACUGAGGUUCAGGAGCUUCUUCUUGCUGGUGGUUUUAAUGUCCCAAGAACAGCGCAUGAAGUCAUAGCACAUUUAAGUUGCCGCCUUUUCCGAUGGGAUGACAGGUUAUUCCGUAAGUCAAUUUUUGGAGCAGCUGAUGAGAUUGAACUUAAGUUCGUGAACAGGAGAAACCAGGAAGACUUGAAUCUUUAUACUAUAAUUCUAAACCAAGAAAUCAGAAGGUUGUCCAGACAGGUCAUAAGAGUGAAAUGGUCACUUCAUGCAAGAGAAGAGAUUGUGUUUGAGCUGCUCCAACAUUUAAAGGGUACUGCAACUAGAAAUUUGUUGGAGGGAAUUAACAAGAGCACCCGGCAAAUGAUCGACGAGCAAGAAGCUGUCCGUGGUCGCUUGUUCACCAUUCAAGAUGUGAUGCAGAGCACUGUCCGUGCAUGGUUGCAGGAUAGAAGCCUUAAAAUAACUCAUAAUCUGGCUGUUUUUGGAGGCUGUGGGGUUGUUCUUACGGUCGUAACUGGCCUUUUUGGUAUUAAUGUUGAUGGGAUCCCUGGAGGAAGCAACACACCAUAUGCAUUUGGUCUGUUUUCAGCUAUUCUUGUCAUUUUGGGGAUGGUGUUGAUUGCAGUUGGCUUGCUUUACCUUGGGUUGAAAGCACCAGUGACCGAGGAGCAAGUUGAAGUUAGGAAGUUGGAGUUGCAAGAGUUGGUAAAGAUGUUCCAGCAUGAGGCGGAAACACAUGCUCAGGUUCGUAAACCGCUUUCUCGAAGUAACUUGACACCCACAGCUGGAGACAUCUUGCCUGAGGAUGCUAAUUAUUUACUCAUCCAGUAAACUUAGCAAAUACAGGUAUCUGGAAAUCAAGUUCUCAAAUUGGAAUCACUCAAUAAUAGUUUUCUCUUUCUUCUUUUUUCCUAAUAUGAUGCCUCUUAAAGGUGAUCUUGUCUGUUAACUUUAUACAAGUACAGAGACUAAGUUUCUGCAAAGUUUAUAUGUCUUGUGCAGAAUUUCGGCUGAAACUUCAGUAUCUUUGCCAUUCGUUCUUCUUUCUGUCCAGUUUCAGAGCUAGACAACAAAUCACUUAUUCUGGCUUU